UGAUUCUUGUUGGAAUGGGGAUGUAGAAUUAAGUUUGAUCUUUCAGUACAUAUAAGAAGAAAUAAUAUUAUAUGUAUUAUUUUUAUCUCAUUCUAUUUAUAUAUUAAAUACCUAUUUUUCUAAUUGUUAGUAAUUUAACUUACAUUCUGAAUUGAUAGGAAUAUCUUGGAGAACAUGUUGAUUGAAUACGUUAAGUUAAAUAAAAUUAAUUUUAAUGUAAAAAAAUGACAAAAGAUUUCACUUUAUUAAUGUUUAAAUACUACCUUUUUAAAAAUUAGUGUCACGUUGAAAAUCAUGAUUCACAUUGAAUCUUAAUUUCGAACAAACUUCGUCGCACUUGUCGCUGAUCAGCUUUCGUAAGAGGACGUUGUCCAGUGGUCAUCCGGUGACACCUGAAUUGUCAAGAUCUGUGCCACGCAAUUGUCUCGAACAAAUAAUUUCAAUCGUAACGAAUAAUCAAAAUUUGUAGCUGUAAUUUUAGACACUGCUCACGAUGAGAAUUGUUCACCGUGGAUUCAAUGGUGGGUGACACGCGCGAAUGUUGAAAAAUCCACACGCAAAUCAGUGAGAUGUUUACAGUGUUCACGUUGAUGUAUGUACCAAGGUAGUAAGCUGAAGGAUGAAAUUAUCCUUCUCGACGAGUUCACAUAAUUCAAACUCGUCAUAGCAAUUACCCAGCCAAGGAUUACCGAUCGACCAUGAAUAAAGUUCAUAUGGAUAAAAGACUGAACCAAUUGCCAACCUGGCUGUGGACUAAUUCAACUACUUUACCACCAAUCUACAAGAUGGUAUGGGAAGCAGUACGAGAAGAUAAAGUCAGAUCUAAUGGAAUGCAAACUGAGCUACUCGUUGACACCAACAAAGUAUUUGCCUUGUUGCUCACUAGUCAGCUACCCACAGAAGUUCUUGGACACAUAUGGAACUUGGCAAAUCAAAAAUAUGCCGGUCAGCUCACAGAGCAGGAGCUGUAUAUUGUUCUUGCUCUUGUCGCAGCAGCACAGGCUUCUUACACUUUCAAUAGUUUGGAUAUAUUACAUCUACUUCCGUUUCCACCUACACCAUACUUAAAUAUAGAAUGUUUAAUGAAUCUGCAGCCAGUAACACAAUUGAAUUCAGCAGCUAAGUUUCAAAGCCUUAAUGAUAAUACAGAAGUUAGUUUCAUUGGCCCAGAUGGAAGAUAUUCAUCGGAAGUUAAAGGAAAAGCAAAAUUUCAUCAACACAGUAUCAUAUCUUCCGAUUUAAAUACACAAAUGACAAAUAAUGUACCUGGAAAAAUUACUUCUUUCGAUACUAAGUCUCACAUGUCUUCUACCGCUGUAUGGGAUGCGAACAAUACAUUUAAAGAAACGAAACAAGCAACAAACCGUUUUCAGUUAGAUUCCAAGCAUUCAUCUAUGGCGGACUCAUGCGAUGAGUUCUCUGAGUUUCAAAGUGCUCCAAUUCCUAACAUUCCAAGCGUUCCCAUUUGGGACACAAAACAAGGCUCUGCAAUUGGUAGCAGACUAGCAAAUCAUAAUUUAGGUGUUAAGAAACCUGUAGAAAAGUCAAAGAAGAACAACAUAAAUGCUAAAUCUUUACACAGUACUGUUCACACAAAACUUUCAACUGCACCUUUACACUUAACACCUCAGAAUAAAGAUCAGCCUACUAUGGAAUGUUUAACAGAACUAUUUCCUAAAUGUACAAUAAAAAGUCAAUCUAAGACAGUAAUACUUAAGGAUACAGUGAUAAGAAAUAACGAUCCGCCCAAGGACCAUAGUGAAAAUAUUAAAGAUCAGAUAAGCACAGAAGUUAUAAAUUUGAAUAGUGAUAAAGAUGUUUCAAGCAAAAUAGAAUGGUCAGAAAAGGUUCCAUCAGGGAAAUCAGAGUCUAAUCCACAGGACCUAAUGAAUCUUCAGCUUAUUGACGAUAAAUAUAGUGCCUUGCGUGCAUUGGUUCAGGAAACAACUGUGUCAACAGAACCAAAUUCAAACGCAAGUCAUAACAAUCAAUCGACCGACGAAUUUGGAGAAUUUAUAUCCGCAGAACAACCUGCUAAUAAUACUUCUGUCUCGAACACUAUAGAUACUGAUAAUUACACCGACAUGCUUACAGAUUUUGAAUUAAAAUCUAACAGUAAUAUAAAUGCAACAGAUUUUAAUAUCACGCCAGAAAUCUCUGAAUCGUUCGACAAUCUUAAAUUCGAGGAUACUGUAGAAGAACGCUCAUUAGAAAUGGGGAAAGCUCUUCAAAAAGAAGAUGCCAUAUCAAUUAAUAGUAUAGAAUUCAUGAAUGGUGCACCAAACACACUGACUCGAUCAGGAUCUGUGCCUAGUUUAGAUCUUAAGUCUUUCUUACCUUCAAAUGCAGAGGAAGAGCAAGUGAUCGAUGCUACACAUCAGUCAGAAUAUUGGGAAUGGAAGCAAUGCAUGGAAAGUUGCGUACUACUAUUACAAGUAGCUGCAAAUAUAUUUACAAAUAUUAGCUCAGAACUCGUUUUACACGAGAUACUAAAUUCAGCACAGGGAUAUAAUUUUCUUUGCAACUUGGCCGAAGUUGCAGCAGUUUGUAGACGCGUUAAUUUCUCAUACAAGGAAAUGGAUAUUAAUAUAAUAGGAUUUGAUGAGUUGCUAAUGGAUAUUGACCGGAUUUGGGCGGAAAUGGAACCGUUUUAUGCAAAUAUACCGAUUGUUACAGAAUUACCAGCUUGGCCUUUGCAUCAAGGAGAGGCAAUUUGUUGUUCUCUUUGCUUAACAGUUAUAACUAGUGACAGGGUAGUGUAUAAUGAGAAUAAUUAUCACGUAACUUGCGCAAAUUUAUGGCUUAAUUGCGUAAACAGUCAUUUGCCGGUUAUGCGGCAUCCGUCUUUCUAUUCUCACUCGAACAUAUGUUUAGGUAAUAAUCAUAUUUGAUACUAAUUCGCAUAAAAACAAAAAGAGCUUAUGUUCAGAAAAUUUUAAAUUACACGCAGCAACUUAUUACACGAAGGAUUCGUAGAGAAUAGGGGCAGAUUAACAUUAGAAAGAAAUGGAUUCAAUGCGAAUUGUACAUAUACUCAAAAUCUGAACAUUUUCAAGAUCUUACAGACUAGUCUAUUAAAAAUAUUAUUGUACAGACAGUGAAAAAAGGCUAGAGGGAUAUAUUAUAAUAUACAUAUAUUAAUAGUCCAUUUGAAUAGAAAAGUCUUGGAAACGUCUUACAGAGUCCUAAGUAUAGUCAGAAAAGGGUUGAACACAUAAACCUGAACAAAAGUUCAUAUCAAUCAAAUCGAGUUAAUAUUUUCGAGAAGAUCUUAUUAAAUUCAUAGUGAAUUUCGAAGCAAGAUUAAAAUUAAAAUAUUAUUCUAUUAUAUAAUAUUACAAUAAAAUAUAGUAGUGAUCUUACAUUUACAAGUUCAAAAUUAUCGUUGACUCGUAUCGCGGGGUCUAUAUACUAUUCCUCUGCUUUUCAUCUCUCUUAUAACACCUGCUGGCAAUCGUCCCGAUACUGAUAUUGCAUAUACACCCUUGCAAAAUCGAUCUGCAAACGAAGAAUCUCAGUUGCAAUAACAAGCUUUUUUGUCAUUGGCAAGGGGUUUCACUGAUCAACUCAUUUUAGUUUAACCAUGAAACAAGAAGAAAGCAUUAUGUAUAAAAAAAAGAGAUUACAACAUAUGUUAAUACACAUUAAAAUAGAAUCAGGUGUACGCACAUGGGCAUGUUCCUUGAUAAUUAUACAUAUUAUCAUACGUAUUAGUAAAAAUUCUGUAUAAAUGUACAAAUAGUAUUUAACAUUAAGAAUCUCAGAAGCAAAGGAACUUAUUCAAUUGCGAAUAUGGAUACUACAUUGUUUUGUAUUAGCUACAUUGUUUGUAUAAAAAAAAUAUUGGCUUUGAAAUUUGUACAAAAUGCUGCCUUCAAAUACAUACACAGACUUAAUGAAAACAUGAUUUACUAUUGUUGUCAUUUGCACUGCCAAAAUGAACAAUUAGAAGGAAAAAAAAGAAGUUCAAAAUGUUGAGAACUCGAACAUUCAAAAAUUUUAAAUGUCAAAAUAAUGUAGGACAGAGGAGAUAACAGAUUAUAUUGAUUUACUAUAAGGCAAUGUAACUGUUAUAAUUUUGUAAAGGUGUACAAGAAUAAAGAGUAACAAUAUUUCUUUUGCUUAAAGUUAACUCAACGCAUACAAAUAUAACUUUGUUGCUUACUUAUUCUUUGCCACUUGCAAACCCAACUGUCCUCUGGACUCAUUGCAGCAAUCAUACUGAAAAUAAUGUAUAAAAGAAUAGUUAAAAAAAAUCCAUAUUUAUGUCAA